AUGGCCGACUCGGACGUCAAGACGUUCGCCCUCGGAGACUUUGCCCUUCAGUCGGGCGAGACGAUCCCCGGCGCCUUCCUAGCGUACAAGACGUUCGGCGCGCCCUCGUCGCCGGCCGUCAUCUACCCGACCUGGUACAGCGGCGCCAUUGCCGACAAUGAGUGGCUCGUCGGUGCCGGCAAGACGCUCGACCCGGCGCGCUACUACAUCAUCAUCCCGGCGCUCUUUGGCAACGGCCAGUCGAGCAGCCCCAGCAACACGGCGGCGGCAGGCAGGACGCAGCACCAGGGCCAGGGCCAGGGCCAGGGCCAGGGCCAGCGGCGGCCGUGGCCGCGCGUGACGUUUUACGACAAUGUGCGGGCGCAGCACGAGCUCGUGACGCGGGGGCUCGGCGUCGGGCACGCGCGCGCCGUGCUCGGGUGGAGCAUGGGCGCCGGGCAGACGUACCAGUGGGCGACGCAGUAUCCGGACUUUAUGGACCUCGCCGUGCCGUUCUGCGGCAGCGCGCGCACGAGCCUGCACAACCAGGUGUUUCUCGAGGGCGUCAAGAGCGCGCUGCUCGCGGCCAAGGGGGCUUCGUCGGGGGGCGUCUGCGCUGGCGAGGCGGGCGAGGCCGCUGAACAUGGCGAGUAUCGGGGGUGGACGGACGAGGAGAGGGCCAAUGGGCUCAGGGCGCUCGGCCGGGUGUAUGCCGGGUGGGGAUUCAGCCAGGCGUUCUACCGGGAGAGGGUGUACGAGACGGCGCCGACGCUGGGGUUCAAGGGGUUGGAGGAGUUCAUGGUUGGGUUUUGGGAGGCGUGGGCUCUUUCUAAGGACUUUGAGCUGGCCAUGCGCAGCAUCAGGGCCAAGAUGCUCGUGCUCCCCGGCCAGACGGACCUUUACUUUCCACCCGAGGAUUCCGAGUACGAGGUCAAAUGCAUGAGCCCAGGGAUCGGAACGUGCGUUGCCUUCCCCUCGAUCUGGGGACACUGGGCUGGCGGGCCGGGGCAGAGCACGGAGGACGUCAAGUGGCUUGAUGCGAAGCUGAGGGUCUUCUUUGGCGAUGGGUCUGAUGCCGAUACCGAGGCGAUGACCGAACGCCUGUCGACCUUGUAG